GCAAUCAUCUUCUUCUCCGCUUCCUCUUCCUAACCUACUAUAAGAUCUCACCUUAUCGCCUUUCAUAAUUCAUCUGCUUUUACUCGCAAAGUAUAUCUGUUCCAAGUCUCCAACCCUCUCCAUCAUCCAAUAACAUGGAUAUAGUUGCUCUUUCAGACAUAUUUCAGGACAAAUUCUCAUCAUCUUCGGUUCGUGACAUCGCACUGAAAUGGAAUUUGGAUGAUGAGCUGAAGAAGCUUCAAGAAUCCGUCGUGACCAUAAGGAGCAAAUGCUUCGGAGAAGACAACGACAAAGCAGCAAAGAUGCUGAGAGACAUUUUGUACGAUGCCGAAGAUAUCUUUGACGAGUGCGGAUUCUACACCUUGAAAUCCCAGCAACAGCAAAAUCAUCAUAGAAAACUUCUUCAGGUCAGGCAUAUCUUCUAUAAGAUACGUUCUUUCGCGUUUCGAGUUAAAAUGGGAUAUGAAAUGCAAAGGUUAGGAAAUAGAUUGCACAAAAUUGAUAUGUAUGGUAAGCCCAGAAAUGCUGGCGACCCCCUAUAUGGUGGGUUCCAUCUUGUUUCUUUAUCUCCUCCUAGGUGUGGUGGUGCUGCUUUUGAUUCAUCGGUGGCAUCAAGUGUGUGUGGAAGUGUGGGUGCAAGUGGUGCAGCUUACUUGUCAGAGUCGCCCCUAUAUGGUGGGUUCGAUCUUGUUUCUGUAUCUCCUCCUUGUGGUGGCGGUGCUUCUUUUCAUUCAUGGGUGGCAUCAAGUGUGGAUGGAAGUGUGGGUGCAAGUGGUCCAGCUUACUUCUUCCAGCCGCCCCCAUGUGCUCUGUCCCAAAGUGCUGCUUUUCAUUCAUCGGUGGCAUCAAGUGUGUGUGGAAGUGUGGGUGCAAGUGGUGCAGCUUACUCGUCAGAAAUAGUUAAAAAACGUAGAAAAUUUAUAUUGCCGGAUAGGGAUAUUAGACAGAAUGACAAAGACAGGAUUGUGGAAGCUCUGCUCGAAUGGAGCAAUGAAGGGAUUCUUUCCAUUUUGCCAAUUGUUGGAGUAGGUGGGAUAGGAAAAAGUACUCUUGUGAAAUUGGUGUACAACGAUGAGAGGGUAGUAAAGCAUUUUCAGCUGAGGAUUUGGGUAAACCUUUCACCUUGCUUUAGUGUGAGGAAAGUGGUUGAGAGAAUUAUUCAAUCUGCUACAGCAAACAAAAGAAUGCCAUUUAGGAAUUACGAGAAGGUUGGGGACAUUCUGCGCAAAAAGGUUUAUUUGCUUGUUCUGGAUGGUGUGUGGAACGAGUAUGAAGGGAAGUGGAAUCAGUUGAAGGAUUUUCUGGUGGCUGGUGCUAAGGGAAGUAAGAUUGUUGUGAUGACUCGUGAUGAAUCAGUUGCAUCAGCAAUUGGGACAAUGCCCAUUUAUUGUGUAGAAAGGCUGGCAAAUGAUGAUUGUUUGUCAUUGUUCUUGAAAAUGGCUUUUGAAGAAGGACAAAAGGAAAAGUAUCCAAAUCUUGUGAGGAUUGGGGCUGAUAUAGUGCAGAAGUGUGAAGGAGUUCCCUUGGGUGUGAUUCUUUUAGGGAGUUCAUUGCGUGGGAGAAUUAGAGAAAUUGAGUGGACGGGCAUCAGAGAUCAUUCUGUAUGGGACUCGCAAGAGAAUGGCAAAAUGUUUCCAGUAUUGAAAUUGAGCUAUGAAAAGUUGCCAUCCUAUCUAAAAGCUUGUCUUGCCUAUUGCUCAAUAUUUCCGAAGGGUUGUGAGAUUGAGAUAGAUAAACUGAUUCAGCUAUGGAUAUCUCAAGGGCUUAUUCACACGUCUACUCAUUUUGAAGAACCUGAAGAGAUAGGUUUGGAGUAUUUUAAUCAGUUGUCCUUCAAAUCUUUCUUUCAGGAUAUCGAGGAAAAUGGCCUAUUUUUCAGCUCAAUGUGCAAAAUGAAUGACACUGUGCAUGAUUUUCUGCUGUCAGUGGCAGGGUCUGAGUGUUCAACUGUUUAUGCCCAUACACAGAACAUUCCAGAAGAGGUGAAACAUGUAGCAUUCUCUGAUUAUGAUGAGUCGGGGAAGCAGUUACCAAUUUCCCUACUUCAAAAUCAUGGUCUGAGGACCAUCUUUUUUCCGGUUGAUGAAGUGGGGCCAACUAGUACAUCUUUUGUUGAUAACUGUGUUUCAAGAUUCAUGCAUCUGCGAACACUAGAUUUAAGUCACUCAUCUUUUGAGAUGUUGCCAAGUUCCAUUGGCGAGUUGAAGCGUUUGAAGUAUUUUGAUCUUAGUUCAAAUUGCAGUAUUCAAACUGUACCAAAUUCCAUUGGCAAGUUACAUUGCUUGCUCAUAUUACGAGCAGCUCUUUGUACACAACUAACGGAGUUACCCAAAGAUGCAGAAGACUUGAUCAGCCUGAGGCAUCUAUAUCUAACCACCAAACAAGAAUCUUUUCCAGAUAAAAGUGUUGGAUGCUUGUCCUCUCUUCGGUCAUUAUCCCUAUAUAGCUGUAAGAAUCUGGUUUCCUUAUCUGAUGAACUAAAACAUCUUAGGAAUCUUCGAACACUGACUAUAGUCGAUUGCCCAAAAUUGACCUUCCUUCCAAGUAGCAUGAAGUACCUCACUGCUCUGGAAAACCUUUACAUUAUUGAUUGUGACGAGCUCACUUUGUUUGAAUGGCAAGAUAUAGAAGGGAUUAAGAUGGUGCGAUCACUUGUUAUUGGAGGACUACCAGAAUUGAGUUCCAAAGAUGUUCAAUGCUUCGAGAACCUCAAGUCAUUUGUUAUUGACGGACUACCAAAGUUGGUUGUUUUGCCUCGGUGGCUUGAGGGUAGUGCUCUUACCUUGAGAAACCUGAGGAUUGCCAGAUGUCCCAACUUUCUGGAGUUACCUGAGUGGCUGAAGAAUCUUACGGCACUGGAAAGCAUUCAAAUUGCGGAAUGUCCCAGGCUAAGGUCCCUGCCUGCAGGAAUGCAUCGCCUCAAUGAAUUAGAGGAACUGAAGAUUGACAAUUGCCCGCAGUUGAGUGUAGAUUGUGGAGAAAAGGACAGAGCCAAGAUAGCUCAUAUAAAAGAAACUUACCUCGAUGGCAUACUGCAGGUUCAAAAGAUUCAGAAUAAGUGAGUAUCCGUGUAUUCAUCUCAUCUCAAAUGCUAGUAACACCCUUUUUGGUCCAUUUCCAACUUUGAGUGUGGUUUGAUCUUUUCAGUAGCUGUUUGUCCCUUGAAUCUUUCUUUAUUUACUGUUAAAUAAAAUUUGUCUUUAGUCCUCCUGAAUAA